CGUGCUAGCAAUGUCGCAUUGCUCGACAGGCCGCACAAUCACUUUGCCUUCGCUUUAGCCUUUGCGCUCUGCCUUGCAAGGAACGUCGCCGGAGCUACCAGGGACUGCCCGGGUACUACUGCCACCACUUGCCCCGCCGGACAGCACGCCACUUGCGGCGUCGGCGGCCACCGGCCCGUCAGAGAGAUGGCGACAAGGUGCUUCUUCCCGAGGGACCACGCCGCCGGGCAGGGCCACGGCCACCGGCAGCAGCAGCAGCACCAGUCCAAGGCGGCCGCGGAGGCGCUGGAGCAGCUGCACCACGGCGGCCGCGUGCUGUCGCGGGAGGAGGUGGGCGGCGCGGUGCGCGUCAAGAUCGUGGUCAGCAAGCGCGAGCUCAAGAAGAUGGUGGCCGCGCUCGGCACCGGGGGCCCCACCGCCGGCGUGGCGGGCUCGACGGCGGCGGCGUCGGGGGAUCGGCGCAGCUCCCGCCAGCGCGCGUCCUCCGGCGGGACAGACGCCGAGCAGAGGCUGCAGUCGCUCCGGCGCCGCAGCAUGCGGCGGGCGGCGGAGGAGGCGCGCCGGAUGCAGGCCAGCGGGGAGUGGGAGCCCGGCCUGCAGAGCAUCCCCGAGGAGGCCUACUGAUGAGUUAGACGGCGGCGUUGCGUUGGUUAAUCGCUUUCUACUAAUCUACUACUCGUACCAUCAAGGCGGGCUGGGUUUUGAUCGCCUCCUGCUAAAUGCUAAUCGGUGUAUGUGUACAGUGCUCUUGGCUUGUUUUGUUCCGGAUCCUUAAUUAUGAUGAUGAGGCUACUAAACGCUUUGGUUAA